UUAGUGGGGGAAGUUAACUUAUUUUGUCAGAACCUGUUGAAAGGAGCUUUAAUAUAAACAGAAAUGUGAUCCGGUGAUUGUAUUACAGUUACAUAAAAGAUUACUUUUAAUUGGGCUUAUUUUAUAUGGAAAUCCAGUUCAUGGAUUAUAAAUGAUUUAGGAUUAAUUGUUUUAAGGGAUUUGAAAUGUAAAUUCUUUUGUUCUAAAUUAGUAGAAUAAUUGGAAAGAAAAUAUUUUUUUGCCAGAGGACUGCCUGGAGUGGCUAAGUAACUUCAAGGAAGCCACGAAACACUACUCCCAACAGAACACCUGAACCUUAAGGGAUGAGGGGAGACUCCUACUUCUUUGGAAUGCGAGGCCUGGGUCACUAUGGCUGCAUCCCGGAGGAUGGAGGACAGUUCUUACUCUACUCUAUAAAUGGAGACAACAGCUUGAAGAGAUGUUUUGCAGAGGAAGAUUUUCAUGAAAUAAUUGAUUUCAACGAUCUCCCAAAUUCUCUCUUCGCCUGCAACGUUCACCAGUCCGUGUUUGAAGACGAGGACAGUAAGGAGAAAUUCGAAGGCUUGUUCCGUGCCUAUGAUGACUGUGUGACAUUCCAGCUGUUCAAAAGCUUCAGGCGUGUGCGGAUAAAUUUUAGCAGUCCCAAAUCAGCUGCUCGUGCCAGAAUAGAGCUGCAUGAAACACAGUUCAGAGGGAAGAAGUUAAAGUUGUAUUUUGCACAGAUUCAGACCUCUGAGACAGAUGGAGACAAGCUUCAUUUGGCACCACCACAGCCUGCAAAACAGUUUCUCAUCUCACCUCCAGCCUCCCCACCUGUAGGGUGGCAACCAAUAGAUGAUGCAACACCUGUCAUCAACUACGACCUCCUUUAUGCAGUUUCCAAGCUUGGACCAGGAGAGAAAUACGAGCUGCACGCGGGAACAGAGUCCACUCCCAGUGUGGUAGUGCACGUCUGCGACAGCGACAUGGAAGAAGACGAGGACCCAAAGAAUUCUCCAAAGCCAAAAAUCAUUCAAACUCGACGCCCUGGUCUGCCGCCGCCUGUAUCUAACUGAGCCUCUCCGGCAGAAGCAGCGCUUCUCUCCUCCAGCACAGCUCUUGGUUUUUGUUUGCUUUGUUCUGUUCAAAGGCAGCCAUUGCCUUCUGAGUACCGGGACAUUAAGGUCAUUGAAACCCCUUCACAGUAAUCAAGCCUAUGUAACAAAAGGGCUAGGAAAAAGAUCUUUGUACAUGUAACCAUAUCACACCAACUAAUAGAUCUGGCUGGAAAGGGCAAAACAAGGCUGAAGAAACAAAGGAGGGUUUCAGUCUAAAGAUCUUUUCACAGCUAUAAUUUGCAUGCUGAAACACCACUACCAGAGAGAUCGUUCAGGGUGGAAAUUAGGCUGAUAUCAGGCUUGAUAUUCAAACUCCCAGGAUACUUGCUACUGCCCUUCAUCAAGCAGCCUGCUCCUCUGCCCUCCUCACUUCCCAGCAGAGAUUUUUUUUCCCUUUUUCUUUUAUUUUUUUAAAUGGGGGUAUGUGUGUUGUUUUUAAUCUACUAGCAG